ACAAUCAGUUCUCGUAUUCGGUUAAUAAGUUUUUGUGGAAUUAGUAGUAUUUUCCUAGUCAUUGGGUGAGGGUCAAUUGGGAAUUUCGGAAAUGUGUGGAAAACGUGUUACUCUCUUGUUAUUCGUAGUUUUUGCGGGUCUACUAUUGAGCUCGGCAUAUGCGGGGAGCUAUACAAGUGAGGAGACCGAUGAAAAGACGAAAUCAUUGUAUAGUGCCGUAACCUCGAUACUGGGCACCAGCGAUACAAGUAAACAUCAUCAUAAACAUACCUAUGAUGGAGGACCCGCGCCCUGCUCUAAUGGUGUUGGUUGCCCAGUAAAUGUUCCUGGAUUUGUACAACCUGGAGCAGCUCUUCCUCCUCCUCCCUGCUCAAAUGGUGGGGGUUGUUCUGUAAAUGUUCCUGGAUUUGUACAACCUGGAUCAGCUCCUCCUCCUCCUGCUUCUUCCUGUUCCGCUGCUGGUGGCUGUCCUCCUUUAACGAAAACUACAACAUAUGGUAAUGGCAUAGUUUAUCCCUCACCAAGUCCAAAUGUAAUUCAUGGUGCAGUCCAACCAGCUACCGGCGUUCCUGCAGCCAAUGGCCACUACACUUAUGGUCAUGGUACACCUGCUCAACCCCCAAAACCGGCAGGUGGGGCUGCAUAUGGAAGCUAUGCUUAUGGUGGUUAUCCACAAGCCACGGGACCUGUUGCUCCAGCCCCAAUUGCUGGACCGCCAGCACAACCACAACCAGCUUAUGGCUAUAGUGGUUAUGGCCCAGUGCCAGCCGGUUAUGUUGCUCCACCACAAGGUGGUAGUGGUGCUUAUGGUUAUCACCAACCUGCCGCCGGUCAUCCUGGACAUUAUGGCUAUCAGGGAGAUCGGGGUUAUAGCGUCUACGACCAUUCUUUAAAACUGAACUCUGAAUACACCGAAGUGGGCACUCAUAAUGGUCCCCUGCAGCGGGCCAAUGGCGGUUAUGGUUAUGGCAGCGGAUUUGGUGGUUACAAUGGCUUGUUUAAUAGACCAGGAUUUUAAAAAUAAAAGUUAGUAACUUUCAAAAUUUGGGUAAUUUAAAUAAAGGUUCUGGGUCCUAACAUAAGAA